AUGGACCCCACCCGGCAAGCGAACCCAAACCCAAACCCAACCGCAGACCCAGCGAACACAACAGAUGACCAACAACAAAAAGAAGCCCUGGCAGCCUUUACCGCAACACUCCACUCAGUUGGAACAAACCUCGAAGCGCCGCUUCGCGACCGCGCAGCAAACAUCCAAUCCAACGCAGCAGCGCUGGAAAGACAAGAAGCCGAGCUAGCAGAGAAUACACAGCGACUAGCACGACAGAAUCAGCAGUGGGUUGGAUUCGCGGAUGAGACGCGCGAGGGGUUAAAGGAGAUCGGGGAUGUGCAAAAUUGGGCAGAGAUGAUUGAGCGUGAUUUGCUGGCCUUGGAGGAUAUGAUGGAUGUUGUUGAGAACGGUCAUGGGGAACAUGGGAGUGAGGAUGGUGAUGACCAGAGGGAUAGUGAUACGGAUCUGAAUGGGGCUUUUGAGAAUGGCACUGUAAAUGGGCAAAAUGGAUAUGUUGAUGUUGAUGCUAAUGGGAAGAAAGUGGAUCAGUCGGCGAAAGGGUGGUUGAAAUGGUGGUGA